AUGCAGACUUUACUUCCUCUGCGAUCCCGCAGUCGUAAAAAGGCGCAUCUAGACGACGUUGAGCCAAAUUCCUCAACCAGAUCGCAAACUACUUCUCAUGUGAACCUUUUAACAGUGGUUGACAGCUCUUCUGGGAUUACUCUUGGGAAAUGUUCGGAUAUUACGAAUGUAUCAGACAGGGGACAUCCUUUAUCGAAUGGAACAUGGACUCAAUUUCAGUGGGUGCUAAAGUCUGAUAGUUUGUUAUGCACCAUCUCCUCAAAAAACUCUCAAAUUCUUUUUCCGUCUACGAGUCCGCGGACAUUUUCUGUACGAUUACAAUCUGAGCAUGGUCCAUCUUGUUUGCGAAAUAUACGGGUACAGAACGAAGUCCCUGUUGGUUGUCCACCUCAUUUUUCUGAAAAUUCAUUCUCAUCUAGUAAUCUCGGAUGCGGUUGUGCGCUUGAGGUGGAGAAUUGGGAGCAUAUUCAAGAUGUAUCCACCGAUCCACAUUUUCCACUACUUGAACUCGAUAGCACGGAUUCUUCACACUUGCUGGAGACUCGGUUGUGGACUGUUAGCCCGUGUGCUGAUUUCAUCUGUCAGAAUAAUGGAACUUGUGUUGUGACGCAUGAAGAAUCGGCAGCGUGCUUGUGUCGUGAUGGCUUCAGUGGGGUCAAUUGUGAGGUGGAGGAGUGUGGAUCUGUUCCUUGUCAAAACGGUGGCAGCUGUCGCUCACAGGAUGGAGAAGCUCACUGUGAUUGUGCCCCGCCAUUCACUGGUAUUUUAUGCGAAUCGGUUGUUGCAAUCUGUGAACCUGCUUGUGCCAAUGGAGAGUGCGUUAUUCAAGAUGAUAGAAUAACUUGUGAAUGCAUGCAGGGCUUUGUGGGAUCUGUAUGUAAUGUUGUAGAUGUUUGUCUUGGAGAUACCGCUUGUUCUAUAUUUGGUCAACAGGCGAAGUGUAUUAUUGACAAAUCCAGUUAUAUGCUCAUUUCCUCCACCCUAUACAACGCCUCGUAUGAGUGUAAAUGCCCUCACCCUAUAGACGGUGAAUACGUCGACUGCCUUGCGCUACAUCUUUCGACAUCUGUCUUCGAGUCAUUCCCAGCGUCUGUGUCGCCCGUUGCUCUAUUUUUAACCACAAAAACGGAAAAGACUUCCUUCCCCACUGAAGGGUUUGCAACUGAGGACGGAAAGCAAGGAGUAGAAUCUGGUCAUCCUAAACUAUCUUCACGUCGCCCUACCACUGAUGCUCCGGUAAAUUCAACACCGCCAAAGUUCUCUGCACCUGAGUUCGUUAGUGAAGCGUUUACAAAUUUAUAUCUGCACCAGGUCGACACUGAUACUGGACGAGAGGUCGGGACGCAAACAAAAGUCGUAAAUCUACUUCCUCUGCUACGUUCCCUACGAUGUCCAACACCGCUACCUCCAAUUCUUUCUACGGUACUACUACUGGAUUUUCAAAUCUUAAACACACUAACGCUGGCCGAUCCGAUUGUGACUUUCGAACCGUUCGCCCUCGCGAUCGAUCAGUCAGCGGUUCAUGCUAGACGUCUCCGAUCCAAGGAGAUCUCCACGGAAGCUGAGUCAAUUGCUGCUCCAACUAUUGAUGGGAAUAUUUAUGAAUUCACGUCGCCAUACUCUUCUGUGAUACCAACGAAUACCUCUGUAGUAUUCAACGAAGUGAAGGAAAUAAUCGCAAAGACCGUAAGCUACCCGUGGGUCCCUACAACACAAACUACAAUUCCGUUAUGGGCAACCUCUAUGCAAAGUUUGCCCAUAGAAUCUAUUGAAAUAUCAACGAUGCGGAGCCGACCCUAUGAAGCUUCGAUGUCAACGACAUCUAAAGAAGACGAGGAGUACGAUGUGUUCAAGGCCAAUGUGACAAGGACGUCUGUUUGGAAUAUUGAUGUGCAAAAGAGCUCUGCAGCCAGUUGGAUUGUGGCCAUUGUAGCUGUGAUCAUUAUUGGCUUGUUGUUAUUAGCUACAACUCUCCUCGUACUAAGAUAUGUGAGGCAGUCACGAAAAUUGCACGGGAAGUACAAUCCGGCAAGGGAAGAACAUGCACUAUCUACUUCAUUUUCAGUGCCAAUGUCCCAUAUGUCCAGGGACGAGCGAUUAAUAUAA